AUGGUUACAGCUAGUCAUAUCGGACAUAAAGGAGUUUCAGGAUACAAAGAACCUAAGAAGAACAUAAAAAAAAUAAAAAAGAAGAAGGAGAAAAAGCGUAUUAUUCUGUGGGAUAUCAUGAAUGAAAGGCAUUUAUGGAUUUCAAUGAAUGUUAUACCAUACUCAAAUAAAUCUGCCAAUAUAAUAUGCUGAAAGUCAAAUAUAAUAUCGGAAAUUAUCAACUGGCUUAAAAAUAGAAAAAAAAUUAAAUUAAAUCUUAUUUGUAUAUUAUUAGUAAUUUACCCUAUAUAUUAGGCUCUUAUGCGUUAAAUCAUAUAUAUUUAGUAUACAAAGAUAAAGUUUAUGAGUCAAUUCAAGAAAUUCGAAAACAAAAUGAGUCUAGAAAAGAAUUUGAGUCUAAAGUUGAGCAACAAAAGGCAUCAAUAA